AUGCGUCUCCCCAUUUUCUCCUCGCUGCUUCCGGUGGCGUUAUUGUUGCUUGAAAUGUGCAACUUAGAGGCUUCUUCCGUGACUGCUGGGAAGCCUGAACAAUUGAUCACUUCAGGUGGUGAAUGUGUCCGUUUGUUUCAUUCCAAGGGAAGUAUCGGUUGUCGCAGUAUGUCAAAUUCUGACAUGGCACUCCUUUAUCCAAUUGUCACUUUAAAUGACCUUCAAAAUUUUGUUAACGAUCGUUCUAAGUCGCUAAAGGACAAGACAAAAAACGUCCUGGUCAUGCCUGAAUCUCUGCUUGAUUACGAUGUCAUUUCGAUAGCUUUUGAUCGAAUUGGGGGCCUCUUUAUCUUUCCCGAUGCAAAUACGAAAGGGUCGAAUAAAUCGUUUGAAUCUUCAACACCUCAAGGAGACGGCACUGUGGAUGCACGUUUGAAUCCCUUUUCCAAUGAUAAAAUCAAAUGGAAUCCAACGGGUACUGGACUAUUGACCAAAUUAUUGCCGUUUCCAGUCGUGAUGCUGCAAAAUGCGACCAUUGGGGCUGAAUUUACGAAACGUGCUCAAAUAAAUAUGAAAAAAACAACGGGAGCAUCGUACAAGGCUUUUAUGAAUUAUUACUUUGGACCGGAAGAAAUGGAUUCUAUCAAGUGUCUGAAGUUUGUGAAUAUUCAUGGAGAUCGUAGUCCGAAAUGUGACCCCAUUGGAGGACAAAGUGCAUGGGCUAUGAGAGGCAAUUUGAAAUCAAAAGAGAUUGUCAUGGCAAUGGCAGGGAUGGAUGCAACGUCAUUGUCGCAUGUGUUGGCAUCCGGAGCCAACACGGGAGCAUCGGGACUUGUGGCUUUGCUAGCCGCAGCUCAUGCACUUAAAGGACUACCGGAUUCGGUUUUUACCAAGAAGGUGGUGUUUGCAGCUUUUCAGGCGGAGAAAUUUGGAUUUGUCGGAUCGAGAAAGUUUUUGUCAGACCUACAGCAAUUUACCAAAGAUCCAAAAGGUGCCUGUGCCUUCCCUGUUCAUAACUCCGUGUCGCCGAUGGGCAGCACCUUUUGCACCUCUCCGAUGCUGAGUAGUACGGAAUUUGCCAACUUGAAGCCUGCAAACAUUGCGUACGCAAUUGCCGUUGAUCAGGUGGGGAUCCUACCAGAAUCAGGAAAUUUUACGGUGCACGUGAAUCCCCAUGCAAACGAUGCUAGUAAUCUUAUUGAUGCCAUUUUGAACGCACCGUCAGCUGCCUCUGGAAUUACCAAGGGUAGCACAGGCUCUCUUCCUCCUACACCAUUGACUUCUUUCGUAAAUGAUGCUGAAUACGGUCAGCGAGACCUUGUGGGCGCGGUGCUAGCUGGAUAUGCCGAUAGUUACACUUCGAAGAAGACGUAUAACAGUCGUCAUGACGAGUUCGCGCUCCUCAAUAUCGAUGCUGUUGUGCAGGCUGCGCAGGUGCUGGCAGAGAGUGUAUUCAGUCUUGCCUCGAGUAAAGCUACGAAACAACAGCUAGACAAGAUCAAGGUGGAUACAUGGCUGGUCGAGUCUAUGUUGCUGUGCAUCACGACGGACUGGAGUUGUGACCUCAUGAAGAAUUACUCUCAGUACAUGAAGGCGACAUUAGUUGAGUAUCUGAGUCUGCCGGACACGGCAUCUCCAUCAUACGCUGUGCCGGCUACUCUGUAUGCCGGUUCAAUAUAUGUCGAUGGCUCGAUGAUGCUUUUGAAAAAGAGUGACGAUUCGAUACUCUCGCUUCUCAACGAUUCAUGGUCGGACGACACCUACUCUGUACGCCUCUUUCCGAACGCAUACGAAUUCUUUACUCGUGCUUUUCUUGCGUCCGCGAUGGUCCCGAAUGCUACUGCUGAUGCUGCUGCCACAUGCUCACAAAGCCAAGGCUGCAGUGACGGUGGAAAAGGAAUGGAAUGCGUCUAUCCAGGUGUCUGUGCUACCAAGAGUGCGUUCCAUCACGAAGCCAUCUCGCCGGGACUGACGCGAACUACGACCGCGCUGCAAUACGACAUUGCAAAUUCGUCAAUGCCUAUUUGGACAGAACCGCAAUGGGAUACUGACAUUGGCAGCUACUCAUUCCCAGACCCUGGCGUUUGGAUUGGCUGGAUUACGCUCGCAAUUGGUUCGGCUGUGACAGGUCUUGGUACUGGGGCUUCUUUCAUGGUGCUCAGGAGCGUGCACAAGAUGAAGCUGAUGUAA